AGGCCGAUUGUGGUACAAAGGUAACUCAAGGUCGAUGAAAUUCGAACUUGCAUUCUACUCAUUACAUUGUAUGAUUUAUUUGAAUUGAGUGGUUUGCGUUUGGGUCUAUAUAUUUUGUCUCCGAGUUUUGGAAUAACACAAGUUCAAGUUUACAAAAGAGACAAUAGCUCAAGUUCUUUUCGGCCUCUUGAUCUACGAAUGAAAAUUGAUGAUUACUCUAUUUAUCCUCGUUUUAGCAAUCUAAGUACUACUUCCCCAGCAGACGCGUCUGUUUAUGACCUUUUGAAAAAAUAAACAGACGGCACCGAAUUUUCCUAACUCUAAUUUUAUCAUACGAGAAAAAAAAAAUACGAAUGCAGAUAGAAUAAAGUAAAACACAACUACCCGAGGCCGAGCAGUAUUAUUACCCGAUGUUUUGUGGAAGAACCACAUCAACUUCUACUUCUUUUGGUACUUCUACGCUACCUCCAGGCAGUAUUCCAAGCCGCAAAAUAAACGAGCAGACGGCCACCAGGGUGUUUCCUUUCCUCUGGCUCGCUCCAGCAGGAGUCCACUUUUGAAGCACGCAGUCCGGAGGUGGGAAGAACACCGAUUAUAAUCCCAGAACGGUGGAAAUAAAGUCCGAACCAAAUAAUUACCCGACGACCAGUUUUUUCCACGCAACAAGUUCCUGGCGGCCUUAUAAAGCAAGAGCUGGACCACGAACUGGAACUUGCCGUUGCCCAUCUUCAAGAAUGAAUCAUUAACUCACGGGGGCACGACCAGAACGAGGAACAAUAUCAUAUAUAAACGAAACACGAGCAGACGAGCAGGAGAGCGAAGCCCAUCUUCGGGUGAUGAAGAACCAGGUUCAUUUCCUUCAGCAUAUUUUGAUAUAGGUACAAGGCGGCUGUUGAAGCCUGAAUAGUAAGAAUCCCGGAGCAGCAGGUGCAUCUCGUGCUCAACAUUUUUCCAGUAGUACGGCUCGUCGCAUCACCGCCGGGCCUCGAAAAAAACCUAUCAAAUACAAAAAUGUCUGGAUCUUCUGAAACAUGGCAACUUGUCAUGCCAGAUCUGGAUCAUGCAAAAAUCUGUGUUGCAGGAUUACCAAAAGCUGGCGACUUUUGACCAAGCUGACAGGGGGUGUCUCAUGCGGAAUAGGUAUGACAGAGGUCUCAUAGGAUCUGUCAUGCUAGGUUCUGCCUUCCAGACCUCACGCGUCAUCUACCACCUGCAUCACAAGUUUGCAUCUUUCCAGACCCAGACAUAUUUGUAACGCAUAAAACCUUUGUGGCAACAAAAAAUCGCCGACCUCCAAACGAGCAGGACGGCGAUCUCGAUCUUUUGCUACGUCUAGAUUAUACAACAGCUUCUGCCAGAUACGCCUGUUGUCGCUGUGGUUUAUUGCAGCGACGUGAAGAAAUAGAUUACAACACCGAGGACCUGCUUCGUAGAGGAGGAGUGGAUAUCCGGAAGAAUAAAUAUGGAACAACUCGUCCAGGCGAAAUCUACAGAAAGACCAGCAAGUAAGUAACCACACAGACACGACGGACUGCACAAGAUUAAUUUUUCGGCGGUUGAGAACUUGCACUUGGCGCCGUCAGCAGAUCCAGAUGAACUAACUACCGAGGAUCCUAAGUAGAACUAGAAAUAGAGCACGAAGUACUAGCAGAUAGUAAAACAAAAACGCGCCACGCGACCGCCACGCCAGCUGUCUUUUCAUUCCCCUUCAACUUCGAAGGUGGAAACUACGGCAACGAAGAACUUCGGCAAAAAACCACCAGAAUAUCUUCAAGAUGCCGCACGCCGUUUCCUGGUAUUUGUUUGGCGAGCGCGCCCUGGAUUUUAUCCAGCCGCGUCAUAUUAUGACCGUGCACAACUCCCCUCACUCUCAUUUCUCAUGCAAAAUACCCAAUCCACCUUUUGCCUCUUAGCGCUGUUUGCAUGACAAGUGCUGGUAGCUGCCCAAAUAAGUAGCGCUACACCCCAGCGCAAAAUUGUCAUACAAAGCCGGCAUUCUUGCCGAUGCGUGUAUUGCCGUUCAUGCAAUACAAAUGAGGGGGGAGGGGAGUUGUAGUGCAUUGUCAUACACAAAUCCCUCGACGACCGCAUCGCGGAUGAGCUAGCCUCUAACCGAACCUGCACCCCCUCCUGCAAGCAGAUCACGCGUUUAACCUUGAAAGCGAUCUUCGCGGGUCUCACCGUUUCGCUCGCACUUAUCCCGGAAUGCCUCGCGUUAUGGGAGUGCACAAGAACUCGCCCCCCUUCCCCCCAUUUGUCAUGCAAAACCGCAAGUCCAUUUGUUCCUCUGUGGCACUGUUUGCAUGACAAAUUUCGGAAGGCCAAACAAACAGUACUACCUUUGGCCGGUGAUCUGGGCAUGCACAGGCCUCAGGAGUGCUGGUGUUUGUAUUGCGGGUCAUGCCAUACAAAUGAGGGGGAGGGGGACGAGUUGUGCACUCGCAUACGCGUUCUCCUUUGUGGCGAAUGUUCCGCCACUGGUUUCCCUCCAAGCCGUAUGCUGUGGAAAAGUAUCGUACUCGUAUUGCAAUCAUGCAUCACAAAUCUUUUUCUUAAGUUGCAUCAGCAUUACAAAUUUCUUUCCUCAUGCUGAGGAAAUUUGUAAUGCAUUUAUACGAGUACGAUACUUUUGCAGUUCAUAAGCCGCCUGGAUUAUGUGCUUCGUCACCGCGCUCUUCAACGGCUAUCCAAUGCAAAUAUGUCUGGGUCUGGAAGAGGACAAGCUCCUCAUGCACAUUUUCCAUGAUUCGUGAUGUCGGCGAUGUAUGACUUAGCAUGACAGAUUUUUUGAGCGCUUUUCGAUACGCAUCUCGCAUGACAAAUGCCCUCUCCGCAUAGCCAAAUUUGACUCCCCUUGCUGCUCAUGCUAUACAGAUUUUUUCAGCAUCCACAUGUAGCAUCACAAGUUCCACUUUUCCAGACCCAGACAUUUUUGCAAUGCAUAACGGCUGUCCCGGGGUCAUUUCCGGCGCAGCGGGGUCCAUCGCGGUGUUAUUGCCAACUUUCAUGUCCGUACAAGAAGAGCAGAAAUACCAGCCUUUUCUCGAGUUUGUCCCGGAAACCAGGCUGGGCCCGCACGGCACGGUCGGUGCGCCCUACUCGGACACGGAAAAAAUUCUCCAGGCUAGGCAACUGGCUAUGAAUUGCAAAAGUACCGUACACCUAGUAGUGCAAAUCGCAUCACAAAUUUGGUCAGCAGGACAAGUAGAACUUGUAAUGCGGAUUUGCCUUGAGAGAGAAAUUUGUAAUGCAUGGCUGCAAUCACUACGGUACGAGCGCGACACUUUUGCAGUUGAUACUGGCGAAGCAGGCGCAAUUGAUCAAACUUUUCAUCGCGGUCAUGUGCAGCGGUGUGAUGACCAUGAUCUACUCCCUCUGUCAAGCGCACUUUAUCAUUUGUAAAAACGUCUUCACCCCAGAGUUGUAAUGCAAAUCUGCAUGCUGGGGGAAAUGUUUUUGAUGCGGAGACCCAUUAGAAGCAGUUUCUUCCUGUGUUUUGCGAUUUGUGAUGCUCACAUCCGCAUGGUAUGCUAGAGCAGUGAUGCUGCUUCACUAGCUAAACCCGGCGACAUUGCGAGCCCGAAUUUGUCAUGCGCAACAGCCAAAGCUGGUUGAUUUGUGUAGCAGAUUCGCCAUCUUGACUCUGGGGCGGGGACGUUUUUGCUUUCCAUACACUUGCUGCUGAAAUUAGUAACCGUUCCGGUCCGGCUCGGCUUCUUGAUCGGCCUGGGGUUUUUGAUGGGCUACACCCAACUCGAGUCCUUUGAAACCCCGGAAUAUGAAUUGCAAAAGCAUUGUACUCAUAUAAAUGCAUUACAAAUUUCCUCAGGAUUACAAAUUGAAUUUGUAAUGCUGAUUUACCUUCAGAAAAAGAUUCGUAAUGCAUGACUGCAAUUGCUACGAGUGCGCUACUUUUGCAAUGCAUACGGAAUUCCGCAACGGGAUUCCGGACACGGACCAGUACGUUUCUGGGGGCAGAUUGUACGGGAUGAUAGUGUAUCAAUUCAAAUAUUCCUGGAUGUCUGGAAGAGUACAAACUUGCCAUGCAGAAUUUCCAUGCCCCCUAAGGUCUGGAAUGCAGGACCUAGCAUGGCAGAUUCUAGUGCGAUAGGUCUCUAUGAUCAUGCCUUUCCUGCAUGAGAAACUAACCCCCUCUCAUGGUGUUCAGAUGAAAAGGGCAACUUUUGAUCCUGAUCGCGAAAGACAGAUUUUUGUGUGAAGAUCCACAGGAUGCAUCACAAGUUCCAUACUUCCAGACAUCCAGGGAUAUUUGCAAUCCAUAUAGUGCUGACCUGCAUUUCCGUUUUGAUCCAGACAAUCCCGUGCAAAUCGUGGCAGAAACUCCCUUAUGAAAUGGUGCAAAAGUGUCGUACUAGUAGUAACUGCAUUACAAAUUCGCUUGGCAUCACAAAUGAAAUUUGUAAUGCUUACAAGCGCUUAAGUAGCAAAGCUAAGUUGUAAGUUUUUAGCCUUUCAAUACUUUAUGUUGCGUAGUAGCUUAGUGAUUUAGUGGCUUUAGUAGGCCUAGAAAAGGCAAAGGGACGGACUGCCCUUAGAUCUCCGAUGUAAUGCUGUUUCACCUUACGAAGGACAUUUGUCAUGCAUAAAUGCGAUUAGUACGACGAGUACGAUGCUUUUGCACAGGAUAUCCCUUUGGCGAUCAUCUCCAUUUUCGUCUGCACCGUCCUCGUAUCAAAUGCAAAAAUGUCUGGGUCUGGAAGAAUUCAUGUUUGUCAUGCUUGUCUGGCAUGACUCUUAAAUCUGUCAUGCACGUUACCCAAGAGCUCCGUUUUUCUGUGAUGCAGAGAGAAGCGCAGUUUGUCUUUGUCAUGCAGACUAGGCUGCAACACCUAGGAGCUCAGAAACUUGUCAUGCUGAGCCAGCAUGUGUAGCCUCAUCAUGAGACGCCACCCAGCAUCACAAGUUUCCAGACCCAGACACUUUUAUUUUUGAUACCUCGAGUGGGGCGUGUUCCGGCCGCUGUCCCAGCGCUACCUGGCCGAGGAUUACCAGUACGAUGUUCUCAACCCAGUAACCAACGAGUCCAAGCAGAUUUUCAAUCGCAGCGCCUGGGCCACGACCCUGAUCGGCGAUUUGGGGGACCUACCGAUAGGGCAUUUCUAUCCUGAGUAAAAACGUCCCCACACGACCAGAUUCAAUAUGGGAAAUCUGCUAGACAAAUUAGCCAGCUUUGGUGGUUUCGCAUGACAAGUUUAUUUUCCUCGUAGUGUACACCUAUGCAGAAGUGCUACAGUGUGUGCGUGUUUGGUCCCCCCUGAGCGACGUGUGUGUGUGUGUUGGUCCACACCCAAGUCCGAAAAAACCUAGCCUCAUAACAGCCGCGCCCUUAUGGUAUAGAUCAACUGUUCGUCAUAGAAGAUCGGCGCUCAGAUUGCUCUCGGGCUGGAGGAGGGAGUAGCGCGCAGCAGUCCGCUAAAGGGCACACUGCCAACAUCAUCAUCAUAAAUCCUUUCCAACUACUUCAGAAGCAUCACAGAUCUAGCAUAUCAUGCCGAUUAUAGCGCCACAAAUUCCAAAUUGAAAUUACGACUAGAGAAUGCUUCUCAUGGGGCUCCGCAUGAGAAAUGUUUUUCGCAUGGAGAUUUGCACGACAAAUCUGGGGUGGGGACGUUUUUACACAGGAUGACUUCCCCCAGUUCUUCUUUCUGGAUUGGUUUGACGAGAAACUCACGUACGGAAUUAUGCACGAAAAAAACUGUGUAAGUGUAAAUCUGUGAUGCAGAAAAUGCAAAACAGUUAUACUUGUCAUGCUCGACAUGCGUGAUCGGCUCGCUUCCUAUGUGUUUUCCCUUCCUAUGUGCGCAUCACAAGUUUUUCCUGUCAUGGCAGAAAAACUUGUGAUGCUGUUUUCCCAAAAGACUUACACUAACACAGUUUUUUUCGUGCAUAGGAGUCCCGAUUUUGAACGAGGACGGAAACACAGGAGCAGCUCAUGGGCAGAGCGAUACUAACGGGAACUCCAAUUCCUACGAGAUCUUGUGGCCGUCCGUAGCGGAUAUCGGGCCGAUCCUGUAUUGUGUGCAAAAACGCUCCCACCCCAUAGUCAAGUUGGUAAAUCUGCAACACAAAGCUCCAAGUUUUGGGAGUUUUGCAUGACAAGUUUCCAUCUGUAGCGUAGUGCUGUUUAGCGCGAGAGCAGCCGGAUGAGAAAGCGAGCUUCUCAUCCUGUUUACAACAUUACAAAGUCCAAAACACGAUGGGAAAUCAUGCCUCUCAUGGAGAUGCGCAUUACAAAUCUUCCUGUCAUUGCACAUUUGCAUGACAACUAUGGGGUGGGGACGUUUUUACAUAGGAUAUCCUGUUUCUCGCAUUCAUGGCCUCGAUCGUCGGGUUAACUGAGACGCUGUUGACGUUUCAGAAAAUUGCGUCCGAACUGAAGCUGAUCGAUAAAACAAGCUUGGUGCGUAUGAGAGUGUCAGGAUCGAGAUCGUCAGAGUUGAAAUAAUUUGCGAUGCUUAAAACCGAUACCAGUCCGAAGCCCACUUAUCAAGCGGCGCAUGAUAAAUUUUCCGAGCACCGGAAUCCAAUUUGUCAUGCUGUUUGGGCACAGAAGACUGCUUUUGUCGUGCUAGUUUAGUAGCUCUAUUUCAAACCCUAAACAGGCGCACAAUCGGCGUCACUUGCCAUCCCGGCAAGGCAGGCACUUCAUGCCUUGCAUUUUAUGCAUGACAAAUCGUUUCAUAUACCAACCCCUGCCGUAGCCAUUUUGGCUCAAGAUCCUUAAUAUACCAACCCCUGCCGCAUUGGCGGGGGGGAUCCGCUGGGCCCAGUCACAAUCUUCAACAGCGACCUAAAUGUGAAAACAUAAGAGGGGGAGCAAUGCCGUAGAUAGAUUAGAUCCUUCGUGAUUCCUUUUAUUUUGUCCUCAGAUGCCACGCCGGCACCUCCCCCGAGUCUCUGCGUCUAAGAAGUAACUCCCGAUCGUGGCGGGUCAGAGUCAUUUUCUUCUCUUAUUGUAGUCUCUAGCUCAAGCCUCGGCACCCCGUGUGCCUGGAGGCACGUGUACAAAAAUGAAUCAAAAUGACCUGGCGGCGGCGCCUCGGGAAGAGCCCGACUUAUCGCCUCGCACCCUCUCCAGAAGGCGGUAAGUAUGUAAGUGGCUCGCGGGCUGCUCGCGACAGAGGAGAACUCGAGCCCCCGCGUUUUGAGAAGUCGCGACCCGACCUACAGUGGCGCUUUCGCUGUUUUGCCCCUGCGUUGGUUGCUCCAGACAGGCCAGACGACGGAACCAUAUCGGGUCUGGAGUUCUGGAAAGGGUUACGGCCACCAUGCUGCCGGUGGUUUAAGCAGCACGGGCCGGCAAAGACGAACGGGCGCCAGGUUUCGCGCGGAUGCCCCCCAGCUCGCCCAAGCCAGUAGCAACAAGCUCAGUCGAGUCUUGUUCCCCAAGCACAAUAGAUGCGAGAAAGGGGCGCACAAUAGAUGCGAGCUCAGGGCUUGGCAGCGCUGGGGGAGAUGGUCUUGGCCACGACGCGGGAGCCUUCCCUCCGUGGAAUCGACAAUGGGCCUGGCGUUGACGUUUUGCGCGUCUAUCUUAGCUGCGCAGCGGCUCCAUCGUCCGUCACGUCCGCGCCUCGUUUGGGUCAUGAGGUCAUGAUGUGCAGCUCCGUCGAUUCAUUCUCAGCUGCAACCUUUGCACUAGCCUCUGCCUGGCUCUCAGGUGCUUGGCUGUCAAAAGACAAAGGCGCUUUCAUAUUCUUACCGGAAUUUCCUAAACCGCAUCGCAGGCUGGUUUCGUGCCUGCGGUGUCCGUAAGAUUCCGAAUAAUAUCUACUUUGUACGCAUGGGACCAGCUGCAGGCUGCUGCUUCCUCAUAGCAGUUAGCCUGGUCGGUCCCUGCACAGUUUGUGAGCACUAUAAGUUGGAUCGUUGGCGAACGUUAAACGUGCUCUGGUGGCGACAAGUGUGGACCGUUGGCGAACGUUAAACGGCCCAGCCGCAUACUGCCGUGUGCGUAAUUACACUGGGGGGAUUCAGGGUAGUACGGAGACGAUGUUUUGCGGCAUCACCCUGCAGCAAAAGGUGAAUGAGCUGACCAGGAGUUUCCUGCUGGCGUGCUAUUGCCCGCGCUCCCGUCGCCUUGAAACGCACCGCAUCGCCCGCGCGGCGGAUGCUCUUCUUCUCGAUCUGCAAGACAUGCAUUACUCUGCCCGCACCUGGACGCCGUACUCCUGUGCGGACGUGGAUUCCCAUUUCCAUGACCCCGAUGACCCGGCGCGUUGCAAUCUGGGGCACUUUGACACUCUGCAGGCUACUCGGGCUAGGUCGUUUCUGCAGGGCAUUGUGGUACAGGAAGGCCUCAGCGAAGAGGCUGCUGCGGAUCUACUUGCGGUGGUGGACGAUAAAGCGUUGUGCAUCCUGGCGCACAAAGACGAUCUGGACAGCGGAAAUCUGGCACGAAUUUUCGCCACGCUCAAGCAGGUCACCGAGAUAAACUCCAGGCAUUGCCUGCAGUUCUUCUCAAAGUCCAAAUUUGAAGUAAUUGCGGGCUCACCCUACUGGGGCCCGGACGUGAGUUCCAGCAAUCUGGCCAAAGUGUGGGAGCUGGCCGCCAAGCACUUGAACCCGUUCUGUGUCACGCCGGUAGUCAGCCUGAAAUGUAAGCUGGUCGGGUUUUUGUUCAACACGCACAGCUCCCAGGCCGACGUUCUCUACGGACAAAUUUUGGCUAGGCUGAAGUGGAGCCGCAUUGCUGCGGAACUUGUCUGCAAGUACUUGCGGUAUGUGAAUGGGGUGCAGCUGCGUACCAUCCUGGUCUGGGCCUACAUCAGUUCCAUUCUGCACUUACUCGUGGUCGGCGUGCGCAUCUUCCCUGAAUCGUACUGGCAGGAACUGCUGUUCCAGAUGUCGUGGAGCAUUGCGGACAUGGUUGGGCUUUCGGUGGAAACGACGAAGCACUACCUGGAGGCAAACUGCAUCCCGCGGCACGACAUACACAAGUUAAUUUUUUCGAAGCAAAUGCUGAACCUUACCGACCCCCGCUUGUUGGCCACGAAAAUUUUGCGAUGCGGCGCAGCAAAGUGGACGGCUAUCAGUGGCACUGCCUCCGUCGCGGCCUACGCCACUGCCCCCGUGCUGAUGGGCGCGGACGACAAGGAGAAAGCACUGGGAUUCAGUGCCGAGGGUCUAGUGACAUUGCGGGAGAUCCAAAAAGCAGACUUGUACACACAGGAUGUGUUGCGCGACGUUGUCGGGGAUUCCGCGUUGUGCAAAAGCCUGGCGACUACUACCACCGAUUCGGUGGACGCCGCAGGCAGCAAUGCGUCUGCCCUGCCCAGCCUUUUCGUCAACAAGAGCUCCUCUCCUUCCGCAGCUGUCAGAGCCACUGUGCUGGUGCCCCUGCCCUCGGCGUCGGGCCGUCUCUCGUCCGCACUCAAUCGCAACUACGACGCUCCUGUUACCCACGCUGCCCCGCCUGCGAUUUGUAAUGCCUCCGGCUGCUGCUUCUUUUUCCGCGAGAACGACUGCGACCUCGCUGUUCUGUAUAGAGGCAAGGCGGCCAAGACAUACCACACUUCUGACCAUGGCGAGUUCUCCUGCCCCAGCCUCCGCUCGGACGUGCGGUUUUUGUCUUGUGUGGUGCGUGCAAUGGAGGAUUGGCUGGGGGAUUGUGCUGCCGGGCUAUUGUCGACGCAUCUGAUUGUGGCCGGUGUAUCGCUGUCGCCAUCUCUGCGUAGCACUGCGAUCCAUCGUCUUUUCCGGAGCAUGAUUUGGCGAUGGGCUCCGGGUCGGGUCAGCAUUAUUUAUCAUAAACGCGGCGGCGCACUGUCUCCCAUGAUGUACUCGGAGGCCCAAGCUGUUUCUCAUCGUUCCGACAUUUUGGAUCUACCAAACCGCGGUGCUGGUGUCGUCUGGCCGAUCCGGACACUCAGUCUGCCGUUUGACUUCAAGACCAACGAUGAAAAACUCUCCUUGCAGCAUUUCCGAAAUCGGGUGAACGCGAGGUGCAAACCGAAAACCACGGCGGCAACCACGGGCGGUGGCACGCUGGGGGCUUCUAGCACCAAUACUACGACGGGCGGCGAGACAUUGGUGUCGGGGGCUGAUCCCUCUACGGGGACGCAAAAUACCGCGUGCGGUUUACCUAUCCCGACGGUGGCGGACCCUAUGCCGGUGGAAAACGUUACCUGCACCCAGCAGGCGCCUACUGGAUCGGCUAUGACUUUCCCGACCGCGCCACGGCCUGCCAUGCCAGCUAUUGCUGCGCCGCCGACCAUGGACUCCCAACUUUCGAACACUGGUGAGCAGGUGCCACUUGUGACGUGCAAGCCCGCCACAUCACUCCCUACCCAGUCCAGCCGCCGUGGUAAACAGGACACCGCCGCCGCCAAUUCUACCAAGCGCGCGGUGACUACCAACGUUACAGUCAGCCCGGAGGCCAAGUCGAGGAGAAAAGGCAAAAAAAAUACCACAGGAACCGGCCGCAGCACUGUGGUGCCCCACGUCACUGCUACCCAGUGACUUUUCUCGGUAUCGCCGUCUGCUUCCUCGGACCAGCGGAUUUAUCUGUUAGCUUCAGUGUGAAAACCAGAACAGAAAAUUAAUGCAACUCAUGUCUGUGUAGCGAUAUAAUGACUGCGUUUUGGUGUAAUAGUUUCGCAGGUGCGCUUGUGUCUAUUCCUGACUAUGCAUCGCGUAGUCUGUGCCUGUGGUUGGCGGGCCUAUAUAUUUACGCACCACGCGCUGACCUUGGCUGUGUAGUGACUGCGCCGCCACUCCGUUACAGCGCAAGGUUGUGGCUUCAGGAAAAGAUCUGUUUUUUUGUCUAUGACUGAGUCGCGCUCUGAGUAAUCCUGGAGUGUGGACUGCCCUGAUGUGUGAAGGCCUGCCUACGAAGACAGCUGAGAUACAGAGGACAUGACUCCUGCUUUCGUUGUUUGUCGUUUGUGUAGUUUCGUCAAUUGCAGCACUUUCAUCCGCAGACCUGCCCGCGAGCCUGCCUCUGGCGCUGUCUGCCUGCGCGCUACCAUCGACCCGGUGUGGGCGUCUAGUUCUGCCUGCCCCCAUCGACGGCGUCGGGUUUUGCUUACAUCGCGCGAUGCUAUGCUGGUCGGAGCCGGUUCAUCCUGCCUCCCGCCGUUUAUCACCGGAGCAUCCUGGGUCGAGCGGAACUCGGCGACCAUCUGGAUGGGCAAUUUAUCCUCCCCGUGCAUGCUUGUCGACCUGCUGCUGGUGUGGACCCCGGUAUCAUAUUUGUGCUGCGCAAACAAUGGGUGCCGCAUGCGCCUUUCCGAGCGAAGCACGGCGUUCCCCCGGGUGCGUAUCACCAACUACUCGCGCACGCCAUUCGACUUGCUGUUAGUCGCGAUCCCUGUAUCUAGAUCUUGCUGCACAGUUAAGAGCGGACACUACUGCCUAUUCGUAGUCUGUCAUGCGCGGAGCACUUGCUGGACCUGACUUUUUACUUGGCCUGUUUUGCCGUUCCUGGUACUACACUGACACUUCGCGCUCGACAUUUACUUCUAUUUAUUUCUAUAGGCCUUGGUCUUCUGUAUUCCAUUUGUGGCCGGGAUCUCCGGAGCUUUGCAUGCGCGCGCUCUUUGUAUAUUCUCGGACUGUUUGCAUUGGACCUGGUUCCUGUUUCGGGAUUUGUAUUUGUCGCCCUCUGUGGCCCCCCGAUGUGCACUUACUACGCUGGUGGUUGCUGUUGCUUAGUGUCUUAGUCUGUUGUCUUGUCCUCCUUAUCAUUUUAUUUUCGCUCCGACAAGCAUGGCAAUCUACUCCGCUUUGCAUGUGUCCGCUCAAUUUUUUAGUUUCCAUACAGACCCCGGGUAGUGCCGUCAUUGCGACCUUCCCCCUACUGGACUCCACCUGUGGCUGCUGAACAAAUCUUCUCCGCGUGGUGCCGCUGUUUAGUGAUGGAUACGCUAUCGAUGACGUCAUGUUGGGCCCGAACAUUGAUUCCCGAGCACCCGACCGCCGAUCUCCAGUACCCCGCCGGCGGCGAACAGAUUCCCAGGCAGUGGGUCUCCGCCGUCUCGUCCGAGCCUGGGGCUCAACUCCCUCGCCAUGUAGCCGGUUUGGGGCAUUUCAUGGCGUGUGCGACCGUUUUCCGGCGCAACAGCCUGUUUCGGAUCCAUGUUGUACAUCACGCACGGGUAGAUCGUUCCAACAGCGCACGAUGACGACAAGGAAGACGACGAGCCGCAUCAGCGAGCCACCGGCUUGAUGAGGGUUCCUGCAGGCCCUACCAGCUGUCGCGUCCUUGGUUCGGUACCUCCUCCCCGCCGGUCCAAAUUAAACCUGCUGGCACCGACUUCCGUGAUUAAGAUCCUCCACGACCUACAUCUUCCUGCUGCUACAUACGCUGGCCGUGUCUCUAGAUGGUUUUGCUCGUCCUCUUCGACUAGUAGCCAGGUUGGAGCUUUUCGUGGGGUGUGCGACCUUAUUCCGGCGCAGUAGCCCGUUUGCGGAUCCAUGUUUUACAUCAUGAACGGGAGGUCGUUGCAGCAGUGCAUGGAGAUGACGGGCAGCAACAGUCGUGAGCCACCGGCUUGUGGAUUACUGCCGCCUACGGAUCUCUCCUACUUGGCAAAAGUAAGGAGUGAAAGUUUAAAAGUUAAGAAGGUUCAUUUUAUUAAUAAAGAAUGUCAGUAAAGCGCUCUUGGUCUCUUGUGAAGUCCUCUGCGUUAUCCUUUUAUCUAUAUCGCGGCUUUAUGGUGCUUAGCACCUGGGUCCUUGGCCGACCCGCUCGAUGACUAUCUACCCGCGCUGCAGGCUCGCUCCCCUGCAUGCGUCCUUUGUGUGGACUACCUUGCUAUUUGUGUAUCGUAGCUCAAGCGUUCACUGUCUCGCAAAAAUUACUCACAGCUUAUCACUUACAUGAUAAAAGACGCUGCUUAAUUCUAACUGCGUGUGUGCUCUUGCUUGUUUAUUUUUUUUUUAGUUCUCUAUGUCGGCUCGCGCCCCGGCUCCGAUUCUGUCUUGAUCUGUUUAUUCCCGGCCCGCCUCCCGGAUAUAGUUUUUGUGCUUUGUCUCCUCGUGGCUCCACACCCACUGCAUUUAUGGCCCCUGCGACUGCCGACUUAUUAUUAUUUUGGGUUCGCGUCCCCACUUUUGUCCUCCCCUCAGCCGUAUCCAUGCGUUUGGCGCGUGGUUACACAGGCCGGGAUUGAGGCCUACUCUUAUUGUAUUGCUUGUAUGUGGCGACUUGCAUGACUCGGCGUCGCUUAGUCUUUUCUAUCUGUCCGCCGCGUGUUACCUACUUCAUGAUGAGCUUAUGUGGUGACUUUUCUUGCUGCUAGUGCAUGACUCGCUGGUGAUUCGUUGCCAUGUGGAUCUUGGCGUGCGCAUUAAUUCUAAUUUUACUUCCUCACCGUCGCCUGAAAAAAUGCAACUACGUAUUUAUUUGUUUCGGAGGCCCGCUUCCCUCCUAUCUCUAGUUUCUUCAGCCGAUCCGAAGGUAGUUUGUAUGUGUGCCCUGGCUUUCCGAUAUGGAGCUCUGAUUUGCAUGCUAAGUCGGAAAGUCGCCUCAUGCGCGGAGUUGCUUGAGGACACGUUGUAUGAUUUUGGGACCACGUACCUACUAGCCCGAGGGGGUGCGGGAGCCUGAAAAAACGAACGUUAAACGUAUGUUGGCGAUAAGUUGGACUGGUGGCGAAAGUAAGGUAAAGGCAGCGUAAGUAGUUGGAUGUGCCCGGGGAUGAUGGUGAUGGCUUCGGUCCGCCUGACUCCGCGACCUGGUGGCCGAACCACGUGCGGUUCGGUGCCCUUACAGGUUGUGUAGUGGUUUCGGUCGGUUUAGCAUGACAAAUCGUUUCAACUUUGGCGAUUUCAAACCUGACGCUUCCAUAGUGCAACCAGGAGCGGCGGGGCAGCACCCGCACCAGAACGGCGGCGGGGCCUCUUAUGACACCCUCAGAAUGGAAAUCCUCAAAGUGGAAAUAAUUUGUGAUGCAUGAAAUGCGACACCAAAAAGACUGCAUUGCAGAUUGCAGAGAACGCAAUGGAAGCCGACUAUUGUGCAUCUACGGGCUCAGACUUGGGCUCCUGAUUAGCAUGAGAGGAGGGCACCCCUUUGCCUAACUAGCAUGACAGACACGUUUUGAGUGCCCGGGAAAUUUGUCAUGCGCCGACUACAAAUGGUGCUCCAACUGGAGUCGUUUUUUUGCAUUACAAAUUAUUUCCACUUUGAGGAUUUCCAACCUGAGGCUUUCAUACCUCUUUGGCUUCUAACGCAGGGCGAAGCGGAAAACAUGGUGCUGGAACUACAGACUCUAACAGCAACGCAUCUUCGCCAAGAGAUCGCAAAAUAACGACAGAGAAAGUUUUUCACUCGGAGGAGGCGGAUCCGUUGCUGCGAGACGACCGGCUUUCGAGUUCAAUAGGUACAAGCGGAGAUUUUAAUAUCAACUACGAUCAUCAUUCUAACAACUACCAGGAUAUUGACAUCAACGUGUCGAAAAGGAAAAGCGGCCAAGAAAAUAAACAAGAUUUGCCCGCCUCUCCCCCCUCCACCGAAGGAGAUGUAGGUAUCCGAACCCCGAAACUGCGCCUGAAAUUUUCCUCCAAAAUCCGGGUUGUAUCCAGCUACCAGGAGCUCUUUGUGCAGGGCGUCGCGAACUUGGUUUGUGGGCUGUUUGGCAGCAUGGGUGGGUGUGCGAUGAUUGGCCAAUCACUGAUUUGCGUCCGAAACGCAAGUGAUGUGGAGAUCCGGGAGUCUGUGAUCGGGGCCGGGAACAUUGGCAGACUGGCCCCGAUCUUGGCGGCUUUGUUCACGUUUACCUUAACAAUGUACCCGGUGGUGCUGUCUAUCAUCCCGGUUUCCGCUUUAGUCGGCGUCAUGCUGGUAUCCUCUGCAAAAGUAUAGUACUCGUAUAUUAAAUGCAUUACAAAUUUCCUGAGCAUGAGAGAUAAAAUUUGUAAUGCUGAUUUUUUAGCUUUGGAACAAGAUUUGUAAUGCUUGUUUGCAAUCGAAUCACUACGAGUACGAUUCUUUUGCAGUGGAUAGCUGGUCGUUUCCUACCACACCAUCGACUUUCGGUUUCUCCUAUCAAAUGCAAAAGUGUCUGGGUCUGGGAGAUUGCGAGAUUUGUCAUGUUUGUCUGGUAUGACCAAAGAGGUUGUGAUGCGUGUCCAAGAAGAGACCCUUUUGCCUGUCAUGCAAAAACGCAGUUUGUCAUGCGAAAAACGCAACACAAAGAAGCGCACACAUUUCUCAUGCUUGGCUGCGCAUUACAGAGCAUUCACUAUUCCCAACGCAGCAUUACAAGUUUCCAGCCCCAGACAUUUUUGCACUUGAUAUCUCCCCGCGGCUUGGAAAGCGGUUUUUUGGUCGGAGGAACAGAAGAAGAAACGGUUCGCUUUGGUGUAUAACAAGGGAGGCCUUUUGGUGGAGGUAGAGGAAGCGGAGAUGGAGCUCGCUCUGGCCGCGAGAUCCUUCGUGACCGAGCGGAUCCACGGGAAGGGAAUCAACGAGGAAGAGCUUUUAUUCGGAGAAGAGAAAGAAGACGAAGAGGCUCUUCACAACUAUAUCGCAGCACAAGCGAAGAACAGUUCUUCUAAAAGCGCGAAGAAGAAAAAAAGAGGCAAAAAAGAUUCCAAGUUCAUCACGGUGCCCCGGGAAACCAACAUGAAAAAAGACGACCCGGUUUUCUUUCCCAAUUUUGACCCGGAGAACCCGAAGCUGCUCAUCGAUCCGGAGCAUUUGACCGAAGAAGAGGAGUCACAGUUGCGAGAGGAGGACGCGAUGCUUCACGCCAGCCUCCAACAGAUGAAAAAAAAAUCAGGCAGUUUCUUUCAUCAUGCCGACUUCGACCAUGCUGGUGAUGGGCAUAAAACCCCCGGGAUAAAUAAAAGCCGAACGCCCUCGAAGAUGUUGAUAAUGACCCCAAUUAAGAAAUCAGGCAGCAAGGAGCAGUAUCCUGUGCAAAAGUAUCGUACCUACGUAGAAAUUGCCUUUAUGCAUUACAUACAAAUCUCUACUACUUUGUCAUAUGUAAAGCAGCAUUACAAAUUAUGCUGGGCUAAUUUCUUGUAAUGCAACUUAUUAUACUAGUACGAUGCUUUUGCAUUGCAUAAGCAGAUGCAGAGCCCCUUUGCAGGUCAUAUUCAUACACCAGCUUCCGUCGAUCCCUUAUCAAUUGCAAAAGUGUCUGGGUCUGGAAAUUUGUGAUGCUAAUUCAUGAAUUGUGGGGACACUGCUAUAGGCAGCCACGCAUGGCAAGUUUCUGGGCUCCUUUGUGUUUCGCUUUCCGCAUGAUAAACUACAUUUUUGCAUGACAGGCAGGAGGCUCUUUUCCUGCUCACGCAUUACAGGUUUAAGAGUCAUGCGAGACACGCAUGACAAACUUGCGCCCUUCCAGACCCAGACAUUUUUGCAGUUGAUAUCCCUUAAUGGGGAGCAAAAUCAGUUCUAUAUCGGGGAACCACACCGGCAGCAGCAAAGGCAUAUCCUGUGUAAAAACGUACCCACACCAUAGUUGUAAUGCAGAUUUGCAAAGACAGGAAGACUUGUAAUGCGCAUCCGCAUGAGAGCCAUUUCCAAUCGUGUUUUGGAAUUUGUGAUGCUGUGAACAGGAUGAGCAGAUGCAUCUGUGAUGCGGCUGCACUUGCUAACCUGAACUACGCUGCGGAGUGCAACUUGUCAUGCGUGACUCACAAAACUCCUCGACUUGUGUUGCAAAAUCCCCAUCCUGACUCUGGUGUGGGUAGGUUUUUACUCAGGAUAAGGCAGCAGCAAUCAUGAUCAUCACGAUCAGUUUGAGUGCAUCCAGAGACGGCGCGGCAGCCUCGAGCGCGUCGUGGUAGCGGCCUCGUCGCCUAGCGACCUUCAGUACGUGGGCGAGGACAAUACCACUACACAUCUGCAUGCCCAGCAUCAUGGAUUUACUCUUGGUAGUAGUCAGCAUCUACUGUUGGGAGGCACGAGCAAGCGCACCAGUCAAGGAGAGGCUUCCCUGGUCGUGUCCAAUCAUUCGGUAGGGUCGAGGUCUAGUGUGCGGUCCGGGACGGGGCCGGGGACGAAUGGCACACUAUCAAAUGCAAAAAUGUCUGGGUGUGGAAACAACUUGUGAUGCUGGGUGGCGUAUCAUGAGGAGGCCACAAGUGCUGGCUCAGCAUGACAAGUUUCUGAGCUUCUUGGUGUUGCCUAUUCUGCAUGACAAACUGCGUUUCUGUAUGACAGAAAAAUGCGGGUCUUGCGACGUAAUGUGCAUGACAAAUUUAAGAGUCAUGUGAGACAAGCAUGACAAACUUGCAUUCUUCCAGACCCAGACAUUUUUGCACUUGAUACACGCACUGCGACGACAAAACGACAACCAUUCUCCCGAUUCAGCUGGGGCUGGUUGCUAUGAAAGCCUCAGGUUGGAAAUCCUCAAAGUGGAAAUUACUAUCUAUUAUAUUCAUGCGAAAGUAGAGGUCUACAGAGGGUCGAAGAGAGGUGGCCGAGAGGUAAAAAAGAGGUCGACAGAGGUCAAAAAGAGGUCGACAGAGGUGGAGAGGUGGCGCGGGAGGUCAUUCGAGAGGGUGGCCGAGAGGGUGCGCGAGUAUAGCCCGCCGAAGGGCUCGCCCUAAGGCCGCGCCUAUAGGGACCAGAGGGGGCCGAGAGGGUCCAGAGAGGGCAAGCGAGAGGUGGACAGAGGUGCCGGGAGGUUGCGCGAAUAAGGGCGAACCUCUCGCGCACCCUCUGGGCCACCUCUCGGCCACCUCUGUAGACCUCUACCGGCGACGAGUAUAGCCGGAUUAUUAGCAACACCUCUCGGGAGAGGUCAAAAAGAGGGUCUGCGAGAGGGUCAGAAAACCCCGAAUCCGCCCGGCACGCGGCCGGUUUUGUUUGGGCCUUUUCAUCGCGCAGGCCCGCACCCUCUCGCGCUACCCUCUCGCGCACCCUCUCGCGCACCCUCUCGCGCCACCCUCUCGCGCCACCCUCUCGCGCUACCCUCUCGCGCUACCCUCUCGCGCUCCCCUCUCGUGCCAACCAUUUCCGUCGGGAAGCAAAUAGGGCGGGGGCGGGAUGGUGAUCAAAAUAGGGCAGCGCGGCCCCCGUUCUGCUUCCUUCGGCACCUAUGUCGAGGUGGCUUCUCUUCGCCCCCAAGCUUCGUUGCAGUUGCUCCCUGCGCAUAGCGCCAGCAGGCGCGGGAAGCGCGCAGGAGGCCGCGCGGGCUGACAUGGCGCAAACCGGCGCCAGUAGUUCCCUCGGUCUGUCACGCUGUGCCCAAAGACCCGGCGCUGCGGUCCGACCCGCGCAUUGUCCUGCCCCGCCACAACAGCCUUGCGCCCCGGCGGCAGCCGGGGCAUGGCUGGUAUUUUGUAAUGCAAAAAAACGACUCCAGUUGAAGCGGCGUUUGUAGUCGGCGCAUGACAAAUUUCCCGGGUACUACUUAAAGCACGUCUGUCAUGCAGGUUAAGGCAAAGAGGUGCCCUUCUGUCAUGCUCAGUUGUAGCACGACAAUGAAUUCUUCACCCCUAGCAGGACAGUAGUCGGCCUCCAUUGCGUCCUCUGCAAUACAGUGCUUUUUGUCGUCGCACUUCAUGCAUCACAAACCAGUUCCACUUUGAGGAUUUCCAUUCUGAGGCUUUCAUAGUUGCGUCCGACCGAAAUUCGGUGUCGACCGGCCCGCGGUCUCGAAAUAUCCUACGUAAAAACGUACCCACCCCAUAGUCAAGAUGGGGAAUCGGCUAGACAAAUCCACAAGCUUUGGCUGUUUCGCAUGACAAAUGUGGACGCGUAGUGUAGUGCUGUUUGAGCUAGUUCAGCAGCAUUACAGAUCUAGUCUUUCAUGCUGAUUAGAGGAUAACAAAUUUCCGAACACCAUUAGAAAAUGCUUCUCAUGGGGCUCCGCAUGAGAAACAUUUUAAGCAUGCAGAUUUGCAUGACAACUAUGGUGUGAGGACGUUUUUACACAGGAUACGAAAAAUCUCCUCCUUAUCCCAGGACGUGGUAAAGUCGCACGACUCGCAGCUGCACCAGACGGGUUCAGCGGCUGUGGACAGUAGACACCGGAACAGUACAAGAACCAUGAUCAAGCGGGGAAACAAGAAUAAACAAGUCGGUAGUGGUCCAGGUCCAUCAUACACCUCGACUCCCGAACAAGAGCAAUUUUCACCUGCUGGCGGAGGUACUGAUGAGCAACUGGAGAUGUUGAACAGCGACGAUGAAGACGAAGUAGACACUCCCUCCGGAACGACAAGUACUAAGAAUCGCAGUUAUAUCUUCAAGAAUCCUCUGUACCACCGAGAAAGGCUGGGCACGAUCGAUUCGCAGCUAGGGUUGCCCGGAUACUUCCCCCCCACCGCUGGUCGCGAGACAGCUACCUCCAGUACUAUGGGCGACGAACAAGAAGAUGUUGAAGAUUCUUUUUCUGAAGAGCAAAGAAACCACUUCUAUGAUUUGGAAAUUUUGAAUAACCGGGCGAAUGAACACCUACACGAUGGCGAGGCCGACACCUAUGGGAGUGACAGGACCGAAAUCGACAAAAUCGAAAAGUUUCAUUUUGUAAUGCAUAAAAUGUAGGGCACGCAUGCCCUGUGUUGGGGACGACCACGCAAAUGAGACCGAGCGCAACAAGCCUGUUUAGGUGAAGUAGACGAUGCGCUGCCAGAGUAGCAUGACAGGAGCAGUCUGCUUUGCCCAAACAGCAUGACAGAUCGGAUUUUGGUGCUCUCGAAAUUUGUCUUGCGCCGCGUGGAGACUGAGGCUCGAACUGGUAUCAAUUUUAUGCAUCACAAAUUAUUUUGAUUUUGUUGAUUUGUUUGGUCCUGACAGUUCCAUAACACUGAUCCUUUGAUUCCGCGACGGAAUUCCUCGAGUGUGAUGCGGAGCAGCAAGAUAUCAGAAAACCAAAGGAACUACAGCACUAGAUCUUCAAAUAAACGUGAUAAAGGCGUCGAUGCUGCUGGUAGUGCUGUCCUCGAGGGUCCUACAAAGAACAAAGAGGACCCCAUGAUAUGCAUCAACAUGAUCGACGAGCAAGAUGAACAGAAAAUUAUCGCGGAAAAUAUCAAAUGCAAAAAUGUCUGGGUCUGGAAGCAUGGAACUUGUAAUGCUAUUCCUACACUCCUGUAAAAUCUGUAUUGCAUGACUAACAAAAACGCCCUCUUUGGUCAUACAAAAGCGCAGUUUCUCAUGCGGACUCAGUAUGAGAGAGCGUUCUGGAAUAAACUUGCCAUGCUUGGUUGCAUUGGCAAAUAUUUUACUCAUCCACAGUUCUGCAUCACAAGUUUCCAGACCCAGACUUUUUUGCAUUUGAUAGAAAAGCUGCACGAGCAAGACGAGGCAGCCGCGGACGAUGUUUUUAUCCUGUGCAAAAGUAUCGUACUCGUAUUGCAGUCAUGCAUUACAAAUCUUUGUUUUAUGGUAAAUCCGCAUUACAAAUUUUAUCUCUCAUGCUGAGGAAAUUUGUAAUGCAUUUAUACGAGUGCGAUACUUUUGCAGUUCAUAGUUUUGAAAAAAAGACGAUUGGAAUUGCAAAAGCAGAAGGAGCAGGCCGAGGGAGAACUCCCCAUGUUGACCAAGCUAGAUUGCCUCUUUGUCCUCGCGAUAACGGCCACCGUGAUCUUCUUGAACUUGAUGUACGGAGUGAUUUUGGGGGUGAUUGUGUGCAAUUGCGAGAGGAAACUUCUGAAACGGGAGCCAUGGGAAGACAGCGAGUACUUUGAAUAUGUAUCAAAACGAAAAAUCCCCCCUCGUCCCCAUACUGAAAAGGUAAAGGUAUAUUUUUGAAAAUUUGUGAUGCUGAUUUGUGGCCACAAAUCGUGCCUGUCUUGCAAGAAGGCAACUCCGCAGGCUCCGCCGCAUUGCGCAGGCGGUUUGUCAUGCUGUUGGCCCUACAGUGCUGACGUUUUUCAUGCUAAAUGCCUAGGCCAAAACGUCUCUACUCGCGCUGAGUAUGGGCCUGCAGUGCUUUCCAGCAAGACAGCUCGGAUUUGUGUACUCAGAUCCAGCAUCGGAGUUUUCGUUUUGAUAUGGGGCAGGGGGAUUCUUCCUCUCAAUAAUAUGACGACCAUGACGAGGAGGACGAAGACAGUCCCGAUGCGGAGAUCCAGAUGGAAACUGCUACCCGCGUGCUUCGCAAUCCCGCCUUUCCCUACCCCCAGAGGGUGGCGUAUGGGAGGAUUCUCAAACGUUUUUCUUUUUACAUUUUCAACUAUUAGAUGAAUUUCAAUUUUUGUCAUGCAAUAUUAAUAUAGGCCGCCAGGUACUACUAGAGGUAGACGGAGAUGACGACCGCGCUCCGUAGUUGCGUGGGAAACAAAAAAAUAUCUAGGGGCUAUAAAUUAAACAAGAUCUUUCUAAACCUAAAGCUAAAGCUGUGCCAAAUUUGUGAUGCGAGAGUUGCAAGAACAAGCUUGCCGAUCAUUUCACUGCUGCUGCUCUUGCGUCACAAAUUUAUCACGUAAAAGCUGAGAACGUUAACGUUUGAGAACGUCAUAUGGGGUCGACGGAAGAGCUGUUAAGUGUGAUCAUGGAGAAUACCAUAUCGAAAGAAAAAAUCCCCCAUCCCCAUAUCAAAGUGGCAAUGUGUGCUGUGGGAUUUGUCGUGUACACAAAUCAGCUUUGUCUUGCAGUAUAGGAGUGCAGGCAGAUAAAAAGCCUGGAGGGGGCUGGCUGGGGGAGGUGGGCGCUCAGCAUGGCAGACGUCUACCCUGUUGGUGCAGCAGCAUGACAAAUCGCCUGCGGAAACAAAGCGGCGAGAGCUCUGGCUUUGUUCUCUUGCAAGACAGACCCGAUAUCUGUGGCCACAAAUCAGCAUCGCAAAAUUUCAAAAGGAUGCUUGUUCCGUUCGAUAUGGGGAGGGCGGAUUUUUCCUUUUGAUAAACCAAGCAGACUCACCCGUAUGGUUGCGUUUUGGCGGCUGUGGAGAGAGACAACUAUGAAUUGCAAAAGUAUCGUACUCGUAUAAAUGCAUUGCGAAUUUUCAUCUCAGCAUGAGAAAUAAAUAUAUUUGUGAUCGUGCGGAUUUACCUCGAGAAAAAGACUUCUAUAUAUGCAUGAUUGCAAUACGAGUGCGAUGGAUACUUUUGCAGUUCAUACAGACCAGGUGCUCUCUUUCCAGGGAUCCUGGAAGAAACUGUAUGGCUUCACGGUGCAGGAGGAUCCCUAUCCUGUGUAAAAACGUCCCCACCUCCCCAUAGCCAAGAUGGGAAAUCUGCUACACAAAUCAACCAGUAGUUUUGGGUGCUGCGCAUGACAAAUUGAUUCGGCGCCGUAGCGUGAUCCUGGUUAGUUGGUUCAGCAGCAUCAGAGAGCUAGCGUGUCUUGCUGCUUCGCGCAUUGCGUUUCCGAGUUGUUCCGAAAAACGACGACAAAAUGUGUUUUUGAUAAUUCUCAGGUUUCCGCAUCAAAAGCAAAAGCAUUGCAAGCAUGCAGAUCUGCAUGUGAAGACAGCUUUAUUUCGGCACUUCUCCACCCCCUGGUGACCUACCUCCCCUGCCGCGUGACAGCCUCCAUCUGUGGGCGGUUGCACAGCGGAAGGCAAACAAGUGCAAGGACCCGCAAGUCAGGGGCAAGUCAGGGGUGUCUGUUUAGCAUGACAAUUCUGGUGGGCUGGGGCCGUUUCUACUUUGGAUCACCUGACGGGCCAAUCAAUCAAGGACGUGUGCUAUUGUGGCGUGCAACAAGAAGCAAACGGCCCGCGUUGGGACAACGGCCUGAGUGAGCUGCUGGGAAAUCCGGCAGGCGAUGACUGGGACGGCGUCCCCGUCUUCAUCCGGAAGACCGGGGAGACCAUCUAUGUCCGCCGGGCUCUUUAUGCAAGCGUCAGGUUUGAAAUCGACAAGGUGGAAAUGAUUUGUCAUGCAUAAAAUGCAAGGCAUGAAGUGCCUGUCUUGCCGGGUUGGCAAGCGAGGUCGACUGUCAGUCUGUUUAGGGUUUGAACUAGAGCUGGUAAUAAAGUAGCAUGACAAAAGAAGUCGUCUGUGCCCAAAGCCAAACAGCAUGACAAAUUGGAUUGUUCCGGUGCUCGGAAAAUUUGCCAUGCGCCGCUUGGAAAUUGGGCUUCCAACUGGUAUCGAUUUUAUGAAGUUAUUUUUUCAACUUUGACGAUUCCAAUCCUGACGCUUCCAUACUCUUUCCUGCGUUGUUGGCGAGCAGGGUUUGCCGGGAGAAUUAUGCAAGAAAAAAAGAAGUGUAUAAACAUUGGAAAGCCGUAUUAUGCAUAAGCACGUUGUAGCAGCCAGUAGCAGCUACACAAUUUUCACCUGUCAUGCUAGCCACUUAUGGAGUUCUAUUUCAUAAAAGUGUUUAUUUUCACUGAAUUAUAUGCUAGCUGCGCAUGACAGGCUUUGGCUUUGUUUCUUUGUCGUGCACCAGAGCAGGUCCUUUCUCAUGCAGUCAGUCGAAGACACCUACACUAAAAACACAAUUUUUCUCUUGGAAGAUAACGACCGGUCAACAUUAAAAAACAGUGGCACCUACAAGCGCUCGGCGAUGCUGGGUCAACCCUGCUGCUUCGGAAUCAGCGCGUGUUGCCUCGGCGGCACCGGAAUUUUGCGGAGGGUGCGCAAUUGGCGAUUACAAUUUCGGUCCUGACCGCACGAGACCCUUUCGGCAAGCAGCCGCUGACAUUCUUGCUCGAGCCGCACCCUUGGACGAUCGCGAUUACCAUAUUGCAAGAAAAAAGUGUUACAGUUACACACAUAGUCUAUGCAGGCCAAGCGAGACAGACAAGCUCUGUCAUGCCGGAUAUGCAUAGGAGCCUCAUUUCGUAGGCUUUUUCCCGUAGGAUUUCUGCAUCUACAAGUUUUCUCUCUCAUGCAGGGACAUUUGUGUUGCUGAAUUGCCUACAAAUCUGUAACUGUAACACUUUUUUUUUGGGAUAUACCAGUCCACCAAACUACUACGACGAGGAGGCACUGUAUCCCGAAUCCCUUGUCUGCAAUGCCGAUUGGCAUGAUGCGGUUAUGUUAGAUACGCUCGACCAUAUGCAGUGCAAAAGUAUCGCACUCGUGCUGUAAAUGCAUUCUUGACAAAUGUUCAUGUUUUCCUCAGCAUUACAAAUCAAAUCAAAUUUGUUGUAAUGCUGAUUUACCUUAUUAAGAAAAAGACUGCAUAAGUGGUGCAAUUAAAUUACUACGAGUACGAUACUUUUGCAGUGCAUAGACCAACUCGACGAACAAGACUAUCCUGAGUAAAAACGUCCCCACCCCAGAGUCAAGAUGGGGAUUUUGCAACACAAACCUAGGAGUUUUGGGAGUCACGCAUGACAAGUUGCAGUCCGUAAGGUAGUGCAAGUUAGCAAGGAAAGCCGCAUCACAAAUCGAUCUGCUUAUCCUGUUUACAGCAUUACAAGUUCCCAAACACGCAUGAAAAUGCCUGUCAUGGGGUUGUGCAUCACAAAUGUUGCUGUCAUGGCAAAUCUGCAUGACAACUCUGGGGUGGGGACGUUUUUACAAAUGAUAGAGACUGGCGAAAAAUUAUGGGCAGAUGAGUACGACGAGAGCAGGGUUUAACACAAUAGAUACUUAUCAUCUGAAGGUCUUUUUGUGCUGAUGUCCAUUCGAAAUGCAAGGGGAAAUCAGUGCAGUAUUGAAAAACUGCAAGAGAAGAUAUACUGUCAGAAAGUGCGACUGAUUUUUGCGCUCCCUCUGGGAGCUCGCCGCGUAGCAAAAUCGGACCGUGGAGGUCAGAGCAACCUACAGGUUGAUGCUCAGCAUGCUUGCACAAAGAAAAUAGAAAGAGAAAGAAGUGACACGAUAUCAGAAUGAAAUCUAGUUGUGAAGCAAGCGAGGCAUUAUCAGACAAGAGUCCUUUUUGUCUUUUAAAAUUGAAAGAAUUGCUCCGACGAGAAGAAGAGAACUAUGUUUUUAGCGAACUGCAUUUCUUUUAACGAACUACAUAUACAUUUCUAAGCAAGUAAUUGACUUGUACGACAGAGGUUAGAUCGGACUAACUUUAUCGAGGCGACAACUGUAGUUACUUAAUUUAGAAAGGCCACUUGUUAUGCAUUUGCACAUAGCUGAUCUCUGUUUCGUUAUCUACUCAUAAAAAUGUACUUGUGAUCCAAUAAACCAUGCACUUGAUGAAGAUGCACAAGCAGGACAACCAUUGGGUCCGUAUUUCUUGUGCCCCGCGGACCUGUCGUGGUCAGUCUCAGUAUAUUCUCAUCAUGAUGUUCAUCAGAAUUCUAAUUGGGUGGCUCCUGAU